GUCAAUGUUUAACUUACCAGAGCCAAAUAAAGCCCAGUCUCUUCAAUCUACACCCACUUGCACUGCUCUUGUGAUAGACGCACACUCUCUUCCAUCCUGCUGCGCUGGCUUGGCAUCAGUGCCCAGAAUUUACACACAAGACUCUUUGACGAACAAUGUGAUUGUGCCGCUGACUGCUUAUCGAAAACACGUUGAGCAACUCUGAGCAGAGAUGAGUGCUAACAGCACCAACUACACCACCAUCCUGCAGUCAGAAAAAGGAGGGCGUCCCAGCAGGAGUGGUUUCCAUGGAGCAGGUGGAUGCAGAAGAAGGCGCUACGUGCAGAGGGAUGGCAGCUGCAAUGUUUUACUGCAGAAUCUACCGGGGGAGUUGGGCAGCUACAUGUCCGACAUCUUCACUACCUUGGUGGAAAUAAGGUGGCGUCUCAUGUUCCUCAUCUACUCGCUCUCCUACAUCCUAUCCUGGCUCUUGUUCGGGGUAGUCUUCUGGCUGAUCGGACUUUGGAACGGCGACAUGGAGGACCAAGAGAACGAGCCGUGUGUCUACAAUGUACGCAGCUUCACCGCAGCGUUUCUCUUCUCCCUCGAGUCCCAAACCACCAUCGGCUAUGGCUACCGCUGUGUGACAGAGGAGUGCAUGCUUGCUGUCAUCUUCGUGACGCUGCAGUCCAUCAUCAGCUGCAUCAUCGACACCUUCAUCAUCGGGGGGGUGGUGGCCAAGAUGGCGUCCGCCCGAAGGAGGGCGCAGACUGUUGGCUUCAGCGACUGUGCAGUAAUUGCCAUGAGGGAUGGCCAACUCUGCCUCAUGUGGCGUAUCGGAGAUUUCCGCCAAAACCACAUGGUGGAGGGCACAGCAAGGGCACAGCUACUCCGCUACCAGGACCACCCCACCGGCAAAGUGACAGUGACUUACCGCGACUUGGAGCUGUCCGACAAUGAAAUCCUUCUGGCCACGCCUGCCCUUUUAAUCCAUAAGAUCGGUCCUGCAAGUCCCCUGUAUGGGCUGAGCUGGCAGGGCUUACAGCAGGAGGACUUUGAGCUGGUGGUCACUUUCACUUACACAGGGGACUUUACAGGAAGCUCACACCAGACACGCACCUCCUACAUGCCCUCUGAGAUCCGCUGGGGCCAACAAUUCCAAGACUUACUCAUAGUGAAGGAGAAGUACUACAAGGUGAACUACUCCCGGUUUCAUAAGACCAGAAAGGCAUGGACAUCAGAGUGCAGCGCUGAGGAACGCGACUGGAAAGAACAAGAAGCGGCUCUGCAGCCAAGCGACGCAGGACACGGGCCCAAAUCCAACACAGUUAUCAGAGAGCCUUGUGAGAGUGCAGGGAACACCGGCAAUAGCGAGAGUGUCAUUCCCCCCGAUAAGUCAUGGAACAUAGAACCAGAGGAGCCGCUGUUUAAAAAAGCUGUUGUGAUGUUAGGGAAAGUUUCAAGGGAGUCUCAGAUGUGAAUUAUGUAUUGAAGUGUACAGACAGAAACUUUUCUUCUUCAUUGGUUAUAUUUCUAUACAGUUUUUCCUUACAGAGUAAAUAGCGGGGUUCCGAAAAAUAUAGCGUUAUACGUCCCCACGUAUUGCUACAACUGUUAUAAUGUACCUGUAAUUUUUCUUUUCAUUGUUAACAGCCUGACAACUUUUUACACUUAGAACUUUAAAGUCUGUUUCAAAACUCUUUUCAAAAUGGCCGCUCUAGUGCACUGGGGGUUGAGAUCUGUCCUGUAAAUCAUUGCAGGAAGAGGGAUAAUUAAAAAAAAAAACAUAACAAGUGCUUUUCUUUUCUGUACCACAUCAUGGGCCAUUAUUGCUGUGUUACCUGUUUGACAAUGUGGGCAAUAAUCCCUACACUAUCAGUGCACUGCGGCCAUUUUGAGCUUUGAAACAGAUCGUAAAGUUAUAAGUGUACAAAGUUGUCAGCAUGUUAACAAUAAAAAAGAAAAAUUACAGGUCUGUUAUUUAACAGUUGUGGCAACACGUGGGGACCUUGCUACUUACUCUUUAAUGAAAAACUGUAUAGAAAUAUGACCAUAAUCAUCAAGUAGCUUUCAAUUAAGAAGAAAAGUUUCUUUAAGUAGGUGCUUAAUAUAUAUCUAUACAGACACUGAAGGUAAAAUCCUGUUGGAGCUAAAAUCAGGAUUGGAAUGUCAUUUUGGAGCCAGAAUUGGUCUGUUCCUUGUUUGCUAAUCAUGAUUUUAGUACCGGUUGUGAAAAUGUGCCAAGUAUUUUUGACACAGCAAUACAUCUCUUCCCAUGACUUGAUUCUGAACAGGCUUUGUGCAUGUUUCAGCAAUAGAGGUAUAGGGUUAAAUAUAUCGGUACAUCAAUUAUUUGAGCUUUUAUAGACAUUGAAUGAAAAUUUACUUCAUAUUAAACAUCUCAUUUUUAACAGAGACAUACUUUAGCCAGUUUCUGUCUCAUGUAUAAUAAAAAUGAGACAGGGUAAUAAAAUCAAAUGGAAAAAGAAAGGACCAAAAAGCAAAGCAAUGUUCUGAAUUAUUGUGAAGAAAGUGGAAUUGUUUUUUAUGUUCUUUGCCCAGUUAUUUGCCUUUUUAAUUGAUUUUAUUUUUCCAUUUCAGAGUUUACUUCGACUAAAUAAUUUCCCUUUUACUAUACAUUUCCAUGAAAAGGCAAUUCCCCAUGAACUUAAGAAGCACCAGGACAUUUGGUGGGACACACACAAAAAUAAAAAUGCUUUUACUGAGCAAUGAAAAAUCAUUGUGAACAACUUCUCCCCCAAAUUUCCACGUAUUUCUUCAGUUUACAAUAAGUUUAACUGGGGAUAAGAGAGACCUCUCUCCAAUUUAAACAUAUAUAUAAACGUGGUAAACGUCAAUUCAUUGAACACAAUCGUAUUGAGCUGUGCAGCAUAGAAAUGCACGUUGUUGGGUUGUAUAGGGUUGUUUGAAAGCAAUCUGUUGAAAAAUAUCCUGUGAAAACUUUUGUCAGCUUUAUGAAAUCAACAUGAUGUAGGCAAUUUCUGCCUAAUAAAGUACUUAGUAUCAUGAAAA